GGAGCGAUGCAGCGAUCCCGGUUCCGGCGCUGCACUCUCGGCAGCCCCGCAAGAUCCAGCGGAGACCGUUGCAUUAUCACCUUACUGGAGCCCGCCACGACUGCAACAAGGCCCGAGUUCUUUUUCCGGGUUGAGGGACCUGCAAGCAUCAAAGUCAUCCGAUGCAUCGCUUGCAGGAUCUACCUCUACUUCGAUGUUGGCCGUACCGACAUUUCCAUUCGGUAACAGCGUGGCUCGAGAUGCCAUGCUAACGUACGCAUAUCGUCUCUACGAGACCCCUGAGCAUCCACCUCCUGGACUGUCACAUUUUCCGAUGUUCAAUCCCUCGCCUGCUAGUUCGCCCAAAGACGUAUAUCAGGCUCAGCUUAUCCCUCUCCUGGCUAAUCUUCGUUCGCUCCAUCCAAAUCACCUACCGACGCUCUUGCUUCUCGGUUGCGUGUAUCAUGCCGUGGGCGAGUAUCAAUCUUGUUUGGACAUAAAUCAGCAAAUUCUUGACAUCGAUCCGAAUUUUGUGGAAGCAAUGUGCAACAUAGGGACCACGAUGAAGGCCAUUUCGAGACCGGAUGAUGCGUACGAAUGGUGGUGGCGUGCUCUAGAGCGAAGACCCACGUAUUGGGACGCCCUGGACAACCUCCUGCAGCUGAUUCUUUCACCGUGCGGAACACCAUCCGGCGGAUCCGUUGAUAACGAAGCUGCCCAAUCAUGUUAUAGGAAGGCCCUCCAGGUCUGCGAAUAUGUUCAGUCUAAAGUUGUCCGUGACGAUGGUCGCCUCAGCAUUUCGGUACCGGCCACCCAACUGUGCCGCCUGCAGAACGUCUUUUACACCUCUUCGACGCUUUCCCGUGGCCUUGGUAACGACGGGAUUCGGCCCUUAUCUUUGGCCAUUGAGAUAGUAAUUCGUCCACCUGGACUUUACGGCGAGGAGGAAUGCUACAGCAUGCGGGACUUGGUCUUGGCUACUAUCCUCGCCUGUCUCUUGAUCACUUCUAACCCAGGGACGGUUCUCCCUCCGCAAAUCGAAUCCGCGAUGACUUCAGAAGGACAAAAGUCCUUCAGUCUCCGGGCCCGCGAGCCUGGAUAUGAUUUGAUGCACGAAGUUCACCAAUGUGGACACAAACUCGCGGCAGCUCUGGUUCCCGAGGGAAACGGCGCUCUUCCGAUGUUCCUUUUAGCUCCGGAUCAAGCCAUGCGCUUGCCACACCUUAUCUUCCCGUUGUCUAUGGGCGUGUUGCCAUCUGUAUGCUCACGGAACGAGCACAACCGGUUAGAGACUCCUUCCGAAAGCGUCCGUCAACAAUGUCACUCCAUGUCAUCCACAAUACUCCUUGGGCUAUCCAAACAGAUUCAAGACGCAGUGCCAGGUAGCAGUUUGCCUGUCCCCAGCUUCGAAGACAAGAUAAAAGCUUCCCCGUCCCUAACCUUGCUUCUCUAUUAUCUUGCACUUUCUCUCUCGCCCUCUCCCGCAAUAUACAAUAAUAUGGGCUUGAUUCUGUCUGUGUUACCGGUAACAGCGAACUCGUUUGAUAUCACUCGACGCAACUCACCGUCGGGCGUUCACCUCGCACGGACGUACUACGAAAAGGGUCUACAAUUGGAUUCGAACCAUCCGCAUCUACUGACGAACAUGGGCUCACUGCUCAAGGAUGGAGGACAAACAUCUGAAGCCAUUCGCUUAUACUUGAGGGCUAUACAUUAUAAACCCGAUUUUGAUAUUGCCCUCGCUAACCUCGGUAACGCAAUGAAAGAUUUGGGACGACAUGCGGAGGCAGUCUCCUACUAUACGCGAGCACUGAAGACAAAUCCUGCGUUGCCCGAGGCAAUUUGCGGACUUGGUACUUCACUUAUGGCGAUUUGUGAUUGGAGGGGAAGAGGCGGCGUUGCCCCAGACGUUAUGAUCGACCAAACUGGCAAUGUGAUUCGUGACGAAGCUGGCUCUCACCCCGGCUGGUUAACUGACAUGAUCGAUGUGUGCCGGAAGCAAUUGCUCUCGAGUUAUUCUCAUAACAUCGGAAUAGUUGUGUCCACAAUGUCACUUGAAGGAUGGUUGGAUUUGGCGCAGCAAGCUCGAGGCACACCGUUCAAGGAUGAGCUUCGCCGUCGUUGGCGAGAGAACUUCUCGCGCUUCUACUCCGGUUCGACUCAAGGGAACGGUUACAUCAAUGAGGCUGGCUUCGUGAUCAGAUUGAUCGAGUGGUUGCAGCGCCGCUUGCAGCGUAAGUGGUAUCUGCAAGCAUAUGGGAAGGCACUUCUAGUGGAGCGACCUGUUCGACCUAUGACCAAAAGGCAAGGUUCAUCGUUUACGCGGCCCGCUUUCCCCGCCUCUAUAGGCCCUCCACCAGUACCAUCUAUACUCCCUUUCCACACGUUCACCGCCCCGUUAUCCGUGCGGACGAUACGGCUUAUUUCUCAUCGAAAUGCCUUGCGUGUGUCGCAUGCAGCGCUGGCAAAGCCCUGGCUGCCUCAACACCUGUAUCAUCCGCCUGCUCCUCCGUUGCGCGGGAAGCUGAAUAUAGGAUACGUAUCCAGCGACUUGAACAAUCAUCCUCUGGCUCAUUUGAUGCAGUCUGUGUUCGGGCUUCACGAUAAAUCGCGCUUCAAUAUAUUUGUCUAUGCUACUUCUUCGUCUGACGGUUCACCUUAUCGGCAGAAAAUCGAGUCGCAGACUCCGCACUUUCUUGAUGUGUCUUCCUGGGAUACUGGCGACGUGGUCGAUCGGAUUGUUCAAGAUCAAAUCCAUAUCCUGGUCAACCUCGGUGGUUACACGAAAGGCGCAAAGAACGAGCUUUUUGCCGCCCGGCCAUCGCCAAUCCAAAUGUCCCUGAUGGGGUUCGCAGGGACGCUUGGUGCGGGCUGGUGCGAUUAUUUAGUCUGCGAUCAAACUACAUGCCCCCGCUAUCUGUCUGCAUCUGAGCAAUGGCGCAAAUAUAUACAGCGAUCGCUCGCAGAAGAUACUGCGGAGGACAAGGAACUCGGCAUAGACUUCGACGCUACACCUGAUCCUGAAGCCCUUACGGAGAGCUGGAUGUACACGGAGAAGCUUCUAUAUAUGCCGCAUACAUAUCUCGUCACCGAUCACAAACAAUCUCAUCGUGAUGACGAGGGCCUUUCAGUGGAAGCCCGGGAGACCCAAGAUCCGGACUAUCUCUGGCGGAAGGAGAUUCUCCGAAGGACGAAGUUGCGUUCACAGAUAUUUCCGGACAUAGAAAGUGAUUUUGUUAUUUUUGCCAAUUUCAGCCAGCUCUAUAAGAUUUGCCCAGCGACGUUCUCGAUGUGGCUGAAAAUUCUGGAGCGGGUCCCUAGGAGUAUCCUUUGGUUGCUCCGGUUCCCAGCGGCCGGCCAAGAGCACCUUCUGCGGACCGCAAGCGCCUGGGCGAACGACGAGGUCGCGGCUCGGAUACGGUUCACCGACGUCACUGACAAGCAUCAACACGUAAUCCGGGGGCGCGUUGCCGACCUUUUCCUGGACACAAUCGAAUGCAACGCACACACGGUCGCAGCCGACGCGCUCUGGUCUGGAACACCACUGAUAACAUGGCCGCGAUACUCUCACAAGAUGGCAAGCAGAGUAGGCGCGUCUAUCGUCAACGCCACAGGUUUUGGAGAUCGGAUGGUGGUGCAUUCCGAAGAGGAAUACCAGGAUCGCGCCGUAUUUCUGGCAAACAGUAUGCGGAACUUCUACGCAGCUGGCGGCGGUCAUGCACUGCAAGGGAACGAGCAAGGCGCGCUCAUGGAUCUGCGAAGGGAUCUGUUCCUCGCACGCGACCGUAUGCCACUCUUCGAUACUGCGCGCUGGACUCGUAACCUGGAGAAGGGGUUUUGGGAAGCCUGGAGGAGGUGGGUGGAGGGAACAGAAUUCGAAGGGUCGGAAGAGUGGGAAGCCUGUGACGGGCCAGAGAAAGAGAGUGGUUGCAUUUGGAUUUCAGAUGACGAGCCAAUUACGCUGGCAGCAGCGUAGAUGAGUCGGCUAGCAGGAGCGAAUUUGGUGCACGGGCCGGGGUGUUUGGCGUUGUAAUUUCCACGCCGUUAUCCGCAGCUCGGGCGAGCAGCUGCUUGUGUUUCAGUGUACGCUUGGUUGACACAUAUUUC